CUGGGAGAGUACUUCAGAGAAUUCCAGCACAUUGCAACAUUCUUAGGGAGGAGGAAUCACCUUUCUGAGAGAGAAAGGGACACCAAAUUUUUACAGGGUUUCCAUAUGGACUUUAGGAACAUCCUCCUACAGUGGUUGUCACUCCUUCAUCCUCAACACUACAUGGACAAGCCUUGGGCAUUCAAGGAGGUCUAUGAGGAAGCCACCUUCCUUCUG